UAUAAGCACCAACGUUCGCAAGGAAACUUCUUUUCAGCUAGUGAUAUGGAAGUGGGACUUUCUAUAGUGCUCAUCGCGAUCGCUGCGCUGCCCCAGCUUCUUGCUGUACCAUUUCAACCAAGAAUCAGCGAUGGAAUGCUGGCCAAACGGGGACAGUUCCCAUGGCAAGUUAUAAAUCGUCACAUGCUACCACCGUACGGUGAAGCGUUUUGCGGAGCUUCCCUAAUUUCCGAUCAAUGGGUUUUAACAGCCGGACAUUGCGCUCACGGGGCCAGCUCAUUUGACAUCUCGCUGGGAACGCUGAUCGCUGAUUACGAAGAAGAGGAGGGCAAAAUUGAGAUAACGACGAAAAAGGCAAUUGUUCACGAAGCCUACGACCCAUUGCUGCUAUUGAACGAUAUCGCGUUAAUUGAUUUGGGUCGCAAAGUGGGAUUUACAGAUGUAAUAUAUCCCAUUCGUUUGGCCACCAAGUAUCUAAACGCGAAUGUCUCGGUCACGCUCAGUGGAUGGGGGAGAACUUCAGACGAUACGAUAUUGACCUCGCUAUAUCUCAACUACGUGUCGCUUACGACAAUAGGAAAUGAGAAAUGCAAAGAAACUUUCGGAAAUUUUAUUAAGAAUGAAAAUGUAUGCUGCGUUGGUGAGCACAAGAAAAGUGGCUGCAAGGGUGACAGCGGAAGCCCUUUGAUGGAACAGCUAGCUGAUGGGUCAUGGAUUCACGUAGGUGUUAUGAGUUACGUACACAAGGAGGGGUGCACCAAGGGAUACCCCUUUGCCUUAGUGCGAACUGCUAGCUAUAGAGAAUGGAUUAGGAACAAGUCAAAAAUUUAGACAAGAUACUUAUUGAAAUAAAACCGGCAGAAGCUUUAA